AUGAACUGUAGUCUGGGCAAUUCUGGACUCAAAGUAUCCAAACUCAUCUUGGGGGCAAUGUCGUUCGGAAGCCCGAAGUGGCAGGAUUGGGUUAUGAACGAGGAAGCCUCUUUACCCAUCAUAGAGCACGCCUACAAGUCGGGAAUCAAUACCUGGGACACGGCCGAUAUCUAUUCUCACGGAGACAGCGAAAGAAUCUUGGGCAAGGCGUUAAAGAAGUACAAGAUUCCUCGCGAAAACGUGGUCAUCUUGACCAAAUCAUACUUUGCUUUGAGCCAGGAUGGUUCUCAGCUCCCGUUGACUGAGUGUAUGCUGAACGAUGGGAACUUGGUGAACCGGGUCGGGCUGAGCCGCAAGAAAAUCCUGGAUGCGGUUGACCAGAGUGUCGAACGACUGGGCACGUAUAUCGACGUCUUCCAGAUUCACCGACUAGACAGAGACGUGCCGAAAGAAGAGAUUAUGCGUGCACUCAACGAUGUGGUGAACAGUGGCAAGGUCCGCUACAUUGGAGCCAGUUCGAUGGCCGCGUGGGAGUUUCAGCAAUUGCAAACGAUCGCGGAGAAGAACAACUGGCACAAAUUCAUCAGCAUGCAGAACUACAUGAACCUCCUGUAUCGAGAGGAGGAGCGCGAGAUGCUGCCGUACUGUAAGGAUACCGGCGUGGGCAUUAUCCCCUGGUCGUCCAUGGCGAGAGGCAUCCUGGCCCGGCCAUGGGGAUCUAGCACGCGACGCGACGAGACCGAUCAACACAAAUUGCCCACGGGCGCAGAAAUCGUGGACAAGACCAUCGUGGGCCGGGUGGAGGAAUUGGCAAAGAAGAAAGGAGUGCCCAUGAGCGCCAUCUCCACCGCCUGGGUUUUGCACAAGGGCGCAUCUCCUAUCCUGGGGCUCAACUCCAAGGAGAGAAUUGACGACGCUCUGGUGGCGUUGCGUGUUCAGCUGACCGAGGAGGAAGUCCGGUAUCUGGAAGAUCCAUAUCAGCCGCGUCCUAUUGUGGGCUACUAG